UGAGAAAUCGGAUGAUUAAUCCAGUAGCCUAUUAUUGGCAGCCCGACAAUGAAAUGACUUUGAACCCCCACACUUUUAUUUUGAAAGACGUCACCGGAAGCUCCGCAGUGUCCAGCUUGACUCUGGUCCCUCCUCAGCAUCACCGCAUCAUCCGCCGUCUUCUCCCUCAUUGCGGAACCCAAUAAAAGUGACCCCGUAAAACCCAAAACCCGGAUCAUGGACGACGUCCCUCCCAUCAUCAACAUCUCCAUCUCCCUGCGGAUCCAGCCCAACGAAGGGCCCGUGUUCUUCAAGGUGGACGGGACCCGGUUCGGCCAGAACAGGACCAUCAAGCUGCUCACAGGCUCCAAAUACAAGAUCGAGGUGGUGCUGAAGCCUGGAAACGUCGAGGCCACCAACAUGAACAUCGGAGGCAUCGUCUUCCCUCUGGAGCAGCAGUCCAAGGACGAGGAGUCUGUGGUUUAUCACGGCCAGUACGACACCGAGGGCGUCCCGCACACCAAGAGCGGAGACCGGCAGCCCGUCCAAGUCAGUAUAGAGUUCAACAAGGCCGGGACGUUUGAGACGGUCUGGCAGGCAAAAUACUACAAUUACUACAAGAGGGAGCACUGCCAGUUCGGCAACAAAUUCAGCAGCAUCGAUUACGAAUGCAAGCCCAACGAGACGCGGACCCUCAUGUGGAUCAACAAGGAGGCCUUCAACUGAGUCGGCUCGUCCUUCCACCGUCCGCACACCAAAUACCAAACAGAGGACAUCAGUUGUACCAGGACUACUUUGAACAUCGGCAUCACAAGAAAAGGACAGCCUUAUCUUAAAGGCGGGCUUCAAGUCAGCUGGGCUCUGGUAUAUGUGUUGUUUUAUAAAACAGGGAGGGAAAAUAGAUGUUUGCGAUGAUGGUCUUUAAAGGUUUUUGUUUUAAAGCUGCACUCAGCAAAGGUGCUCUUUGGCAGCUUCACAUGCCAGCAACAGGGAACAGUCUGAAAAGCAUUAAUACUCAGAUAUCCUACACAGUGACGUCAUUUAACUGCACACGGCGCGCUCAUGUUUGCCAACUCGGCUGUUUUAUGAUAUUUUAUAUCAAAGGAAACUAAAGGGACAGAACGAGGAAAAGAUCUGAGGCUUUAAAGGGCAGUUUCCUCCAAAGGGAGCGCUCACGUAUCUGUGUUUUGCUCUUCAGUUUCAAUCCAUCGCUGCCUGUGUGGGUGGGGAUUUCCUUUCAGUGAUCAAACGUCAAGAGAAGCAUGCAGAGUGUAGCUUUAAAGCAGGGUUAGAGGAACAGGCGGGCAUUUUGUGAAAUAAGCUUGUAUGCCAUCUUACCCACAGUCAGAUGAGAAGAUUUUUAUAUGCAUUUUAUCUUGUAGUGCGUUGAGUACAAACACAUGUCCGGGAUGUUUUUAGCCUAGCUUAGCUCAAAUACUGGAAGCAGAAGAAAACUUCUGCCCACGCGUCAAGCAGCACAGAGCAGAUGAACCGUGCAGGAAGUCAUCAUGAUAGAAGCACAAACAUCAAGGACAGCUGAACAAAUUAGCAAAAUCAGGAAGGCAAAACGCUCUUAUUCUGAAGUGCUCCAUGUAGCCGUGCACAGAGCGGGAUGGAGCGGCUCACAGAGAGCAGUUAUCUGUAGUUGAAACACAAAAACUUACAUAUUAACAACAUGUCAGCAAAGUGCAGGCUAAACGCUCCGCUGCUGAAACACUUCAGUUUGAGAUGACGCCGGACAAAACCACGGCACAGCGCCGCCCGUGUGUGUUCGGGUGGCGCCAUUCUCCCACGUUUUCCUCCAGUUUUGUUUGUUGUUGUAAAAUGUACACGCCCUGUGCCUGCUCUGAUUGGUGAGUAGGACCGUAACAGGAGGCGCAUGGCGCUUGUGAUUGGCGAGUAGAUCUGUCACACAAGGAUGACUAAGAAAUUUGUCUGUAACUGCAUGACUGUUUUAAAACGGGUCAGAGGCCUGUAUAAUUAACCUGCAUUUUAAUCGCUGUCUUCACGAUUAGCUUCACGAUUAGCUUCAGCAUUCUUUAAAUCGCAAUUUCGAUUUGAAAACGGUUAAUCGUUCAGCCCUACUUCUAUCCCGUCCUCUCCAAAAUUUUACAUCAAUUAAUGAUGUUCCUUUACUCCAGUCUCAGUAGGAUCACCAAGUAGAGCUGCAGAACUUGGGGAUGCACAACAUUUACUUCCACUCUUCUCUAGAUUACAAGGCGCCAUCAUAACUACUGCCUCCUCUCAAUUCCAGAAUCCCAGUGGUUGGUUGUGGACUAUUUGGAUUGAAUAUUUAGUUUAACAUUAGGCUUCAAUACCCAACAGUAAAAUCCUGAAGAAGUUCCUGUGCAGCGUAAUGACUUGUACAGCUGUGUGAAAUAAUUCUGCGCCCAUCUCCACUGGAAAUAAUGUGCUAGGUCUGCGCAAUGUCACAAUUCUAGUCACAAAUCUAGUUGUUGAUGAACUCUUACCCUGGAGCAGAAUGAAUCUUCAGUGGUAUAUAAUAUUGCUCAUUGCUUGUGUGCAUGUUCCAUGUACAAAGGCUUAGACCUUGUCACAGCAGGCCCGGGUUUGAGUCUUUACUGCAUGUCGUACCGGCUCCCUCUCUACCACAUUUCCUGUCAGCUCCAACUUACUAUGAUUAAAGGCUAAAAAGCCCUGAAAAUGUCUUUAAAAAAUAGAGAAAAACAUAGUACAGCAUUUAAUCUGACAAACGUUUAGUUUAUUUGUAAUGUAUAUUUGUUCACUGUUGAUGGAGGUAGGCCAGCAGUUUCCCCCUGCUUCAAGUGUUUGUGCUAAGCUAGGCUAAACACAGGACCUAUCUCUGCACUGGAUGCACACAUUUGAAAUUCAUAUCAGUCUUUUCAUCGCUCUGAGGAAAAAAAACAUUACAGAAAAUAAGAAAUAAACAAGAGAUAUCCCCAGAAUGUACCUUUAAAGGGUAGUAACGUCUAUAUUUUUUAACCUGGACCUUAUUUUCCCACGUUUUUGUGUCUAUGUGACUAACUGGGACAUUUUGAAAUUGGUCCAGUAUUGAGUGAGCGCGCUGCAGUCGCCAGCAGUGAAACAUGGCUGCGCCCCAUCAAAGUACGUCCACUAAAGAGCUUUUUUACGCCGCUGACAGGCUCAGAUUGUUAUUAUAAGUGUCUGACAACAUUAUGGAAAGUAUCCCUACAGAGAGAGAUCUUUUUUUUAAGAGUUAGUUCUUUUUUGUCUAUUCAGAAACAGUCGCUAUGUCGCUCCAGACCAGACUCCCAGGUGAAAUGAUUGUUUUGUCAAUGGAGUUUGGUGGCUUUGAAUCUUGUCAGACACUUGUAAUAAGCAUUAUGUUGUAGCCCUGUUUCACUGCUGCCGACUGCAGCAUGAUUGCUCAGCAUUGGACCACUUUCAAAAGAUUUUUAUCCUAAUUAGUCAUAUAGACUUAAAAACAUGGGGAAAUAGGGACAAGGUUGAAAAAUGCGUAAGUUAUGCUUUAAGGUGGAGUAAAAAAAGCCUUUAAGUUAUGAGAAAUAUUGCAGCACAAGGUGGGAGGGACCAAGCUCCCCAGCUAGCAUGGUGUUAGCUGAAGACCAGGAUGGAAGACAUCUGCGGAUGGAACAAGUAUUUUACCUUAUUUAUUAACUGUGUGGUGAGUCUGUGCGAGAGGAGAGACGGUGUAUGAGAGGAUGUCGAUCAUUGUAAUAGUUUUGACUUUGUAAUGUAUAUUGUGCUAUUUAAUGGAAAAACAUGUAAACACCGUUUAAACAAACAGGUAGCAGUAAAGGAGUGUUACGUUUCUGCCUCCAUUAAAUUAAAUGAUCCAUG